AUGAUCAAGCGUGUCCAGCGGAAUGCUGAACCCCUGAGAGAUGCACUGGCACUACACACAACCAACGUCACCAUACCAACAGCAACUGAACUGGAGAAAAUGAAGAAGCUUGAGGCUGCGUUGGAGCAGUGCAGGUAUAUAUCUGAACUUCUGGGUGGAGAGAAGUAUGUUUCUUGCUCAGUGGUGCUGCCAGCAUUGUGUCAUCUGUCCCGAGUGAUGGAGGUCACUGAGGACAACCCAUCCUACAUGAUCAAGUUCAAGGGAACUUGA